CGUAGUUUAUGUGGGAUUACUUCCCCUUAUCAGAUGUUUACAAGGUCGCCGUAAAAAUGUUAACCCACAUUUAUAAAGCUGGGCUUUUGGGCAAAUUCCGGAAAUUGACAGUUGCAACAUCAUGGUAUCACAGUAAAUCUGGUGUUUAUGGUCACAGACCACAAGAAUCUUCAUCGCAAUUCCAUGUUAAAGAUAGUCAUAUUCAAAACAGAAUACAGAACAGUAAUGUAUACAGACUUGUAGAGGCUUACAGAACACAUGGUCAUAAGAAAGCCACUCUAGAUCCACUGUACUUGCAACAAGAAAUUGAUCCCCAUGAGCUAGCCCCUGAGAGAUAUGGAUUAACAGAGAGUCUACAAGUAAAUGUUGAUGGACUAUUUUUUGGGGGCGGGGCUUCCCAGUCCAUGUCUGUCACAGAACUUAUUGGUCGAUUGGAGAAAGAAUACUGUGAUACAAUUGCAGCUGAGUUCCAGCAUUUAAGGACAGAGGAAGAGAGAGAAUGGUUUUCUGAGGCAUUUGAAACGAAACAUCAAAUUGAUCUUACAAAUGAUAGAAGAAUAGGCCUUGCCAAUCUCAUGCUUAAAUCACAGGCAUUUGAUCACUUUUUGGCACAGAAGUUUACUACAUUAAAGAGAUAUGGGGGAGAGGGUGGUGAAAGUAUGAUGGCAGUAUUUGAUGAGAUAUUCAGAAAAAGUGCAGAAGCUGGCAUAGAGGAAAUAGUGAUCUGCAUGCCACAUAGAGGGCGCCUUAACUUUCUUACAUGUCUACUUAAUUAUCCACCAAUUAGAAUCUUCCAAAAGGUUUCAGGUAUAUCAGAGAUACCUGAGGGAUCAAAAGGGACUGGAGAUGUAGUGUCACAUUCAUAUACAUCAGUAGAUCUGGAAUAUGAAGGGAAGAAAUUGCAUGUUUCAUUUCUACCAAACCCAUCACAUCUUGAGGCAAAUAAUCCCGUUGCUGUUGGAAAGUGUAGAUCUAAGCAGCAGACAUUACAAGAAGGAGAUUACAGUAGAACUGGAGAGUCAAAACAAGGGGACAGAACUCUAUGUCUACAAGUUCAUGGUGAUGCUUCAUUCUCAGCGCAGGGUAUAGUAGCAGAAACAUUUUGUAUAGCAGAAUGUCCACAUUACAAUGUUGGUGGUAGUAUUCAUUUCAUAGUUAACAACCAGAUAGGGUUUACAACAGAGGCUGCUAGAGGGAGAUCUUCCCAAUAUAGCAGUGAUUUGGCAAAAAUAAAUGGAUACCCAGUUCUUCAUGUUAACGCUGACUUCCCUGAGGAUGUUGUCAAGGCUACGGCAAUCGCUAUGGACUACCGGGAAAAGUUCCGGAAAGAUGUGAUCAUAGACUAUAUUUGUUUCCGGAAAUAUGGUCAUAAUGAACUAGAUGACCCAUCGUUCACACAGCCUCUCAUGUAUAAAGCCAUCAAAAAUAGAAAAAGCAUUCCAGAUUCUUACGCAGACGAGCUUGUUACUGAUGGUAGAUGCUCAUCGGAUGAUUUGAGUCAGGUACAGCAGGCCUGGGCACAGAAAUUAGCAGCAGACUUUGCAGAAGUUAAUUCUAAAUCAGUACAGCCAUACGAUCUACAGCGACAAUGGAGUGGUUACAGACAAGCACCAGGGGAGAUAACUGUAUGGGCUACUGGUGUUAACGUAGAAAUUCUGAAAUAUGUUGGUGCAAAAUCAGUCACCUUACCAGAUGACUUUAAUGUACAUCCUACUAUUGGUAAAAAUCACUGUGAGAGACGUGUACAGAAAUUAACAGAAGGAGCUGGUCUUGAUUGGGCCGCUGCUGAAGCUCUUGCAUUUGGUUCGUUGAUGCAUCAAGGUUUUAAUGUGCGAAUAAGUGGCCAGGAUGUUGGCAGGGGUACCUUUAGUCAUAGACAUGCCAUGUUAGUGGACCAAAUAACUGAUGAAAUAUAUGUGCCUCUGAAUCAUAUGUCACAGGAAGGACAGGGUUACCUUGAAGUAGCUAACAGUGCAUUAACAGAAGAAGCAGUAUUAGGAUUUGAGUAUGGGAUGAGUAUUGAUACUCCACGUUCACUAGUCAUCUGGGAGGCACAAUUUGGGGAUUUCUUCAAUGGGGCCCAGCCAAUAAUUGAUACUUAUAUUACCAGUGGAGAAAAUAAGUGGCUGCUACAGUCAGGUCUUGUCAUGUUGUUACCACAUGGUAUGGAUGGCGCCGGACCAGAACACUCUUCAUGUCGUAUUGAGCGAUUUCUACAAGGUUGUGAUAGCAGCGAGACCUCAGCAGACGGCGAUGAUAUUAAUAUUCAAAUUUUGAACCCAACGACACCAGCCCAGUAUUUUCAUCUCCUCAGGAGACAAAUGAUUCGUAACUACAGAAAACCUGUCAUUGUAAUUGCACCAAAGGUAUUACUACGCUUACCAGCAGCUACAUCUAGUCUUUCUGAAAUGGCUCCUGGAACUACUUUCAAACCUGUACUCGGUGAUCUCAAGGUCAAAGGUGAAAAGGUCAAUAAGGUUGUUUUUUGCUCAGGAAAGCAUUACUACACCAUGUUAAAAGAAAGAGACGCAAGAAAUAUUGAUGAUGUGGCUUUGAUAAGGCUUGAGAGUUUGUGUCCAUUCCCUGUCGCCGAGUUACAAAAUGAAAUGAAAAAAUACCCUAAUGCUAAAGAAUAUAUUUGGGCACAGGAAGAGCAUAGAAAUAUGGGUGCUUGGUCAUUUGUUUCUCCCAGAUUUGAAAAUCUAGUUGGAUGUAAGUUGAGAUAUGUUGGUAGGGAUGUAUUGGGAUUACCAGCUGUAGGUAUAGGACAUAUUCACAAGAUGGAGGCAGAUAAACUCAUCACUGAUCUCUUUUCAUGAACAAACAUAUUUAAGUGUAAUAUUAGUGUGAAUUAUUUUAUAUCAAUUUGAAUUGAUCAUUGUGUAACAGGGUGUUAUUAUUGUGAAGAAAUUUUCUCAUGUAAAUGGUAACAUAAUGUAAAGAAAUUACUUUUUAUUCAGAUUUUGAAUGAGAUUAUGUACAUGUACCUGUUUGAGUUGGUCUAGGGAUUUUAUGUUUUGAUUGUGGCAUGCAUGUAAUGAAUUUGUUAAUUGAUGAUUUUUUGAAAAAAAUAUGUUUAAUUUAAUUUUUAAGACUUAAUGAAAAACUAUUGUUAAUCUGAUGAAAUGAAAUGCAAUUUAUGAAAUAUACUGGUAACAGAUUUGCACGUAGCUUCCAAUUAAUGAAAUAUAUAUUUAAGACAAUUUUCGGAGUAAAAUCAGAUGCAAGUUUGCUAAAAAAUAAUGCAUACAUGAAUGAAAAUUGUUUCUUUGUAAGUUUGUGUUGUCAGUUCCAUUGUACUCAAAUAAUGGACUUGUCCUACUAUGAAUAAGGAACUAUUCCAAUGUUAAUCUAAGGGGUUUCUUGACCAAAGUGCUAUAAUUAUGCAGCCAGCAAUAUAUAGCAGAUCAGACCUCACCUGUGUUUGAACCCUACACCUGCUGUAUUUGUUGCAUAUAGACGAGCAGGGAAGAGCUCUAGUCUACAAAUAAAGAUUUUGUUCUGCUUUGUAUUUUGAACAGUCGAUUUUGCAUGCUAGGGAUUAUAAUUUUCAGAUAACAAAAUUAAUGUUUAGAAUUAAGUUAAUGAAAUAAAUCAUAUUUAGCAGUUCAGAGUGUGAUCAAACAGCACAUAUGCUGUGGUAUUAAUUAUAGACUUGUUAAAUACUGUGAUAUUUUUGUAUAUGUUUGUAAUUUUGAUAACAGAAGAGAAAAUUUAAAUAAACAAAGGA